UAUUUGUGUACAAUAAUAAUCUCUUAUUAUAGGACCGGGCAGCGAAAUUGAGAGGGCAAACUUGGAAAAUUUUUUUUCGGGAAUUUCAUUUCUCAAAGAAAUGACCGGAGAAAAAGAGUUGAUGAUCUGUCCUGUGGAGGUGUUUGAUGAGAAUUCAAAUUUUAAUCACUGGAGAGCAAAGAUGGAAAAUUUUUUCCGGGUAAUCGAAGUAUACGAGGUCGUUCAAGUUGGAAUGUUGGAUUCAAUGAACCAGAAGAGGAAGAAGAUCUAACGGCUGCUGAAAAAAGUCAAUUAGACCAAAAUCGGCGUAAAGAUGAGUUGGCUAAGAUGUGGAUAACCAUGAAGAUUGGGACUUCUAUUUUUGAAAAAAUUAGUAUUGCCGAGAAAUCAAAGUUCAUUUGGGAUAAUUUGAAAGAUAAAUUCUAUCUGAAAUCAGAAAUCUCCCGUGUUCAAUUUGAAAGCAAAAAUUCUGGAAAAGGAAAAGAAAAAAUCGAAAAUGGUAUAUACAGCUAUCAACCAAAAGUAAUGAAGAGCAAUUUAUUCAAAACAACAGAAGUAUUUUCAUCACGAUCAAGUACUAAUGGAAAUAUCCGCAACAUUCAAUGGACUUCUUCAACUGACAAUGUCACCUCCGCCACCAGCACCACCUACCUGACAAUCACCAAUCCUGGCGCAGCUUCCCUACUAAAAUAUCCAACAAGAAAAUGAACGAGAAAACGGGUCUGGUAGAGGAAAUGGCAGAAGGUGUGCUGCAAAAGCUUAAAAACUUCAAUCUUACUUCUUCCGAAAACACCGCGAAGAUCCAGAAAGCUUCUGGUAGAUUUAUCCAGUCUUAGAUGUGAAAUUGAGUUCGUACAGGCCAAGCUCCAUGAAGUGGGACUUGCUGGUGAUUGUCUUGAGAAUGUGAAGCCAAUCUAUACGACACAAUUGAUUUGGUUGACCAGAUCUACUUUUCAGCCAAGGCAAGGCUGAAGCAGCAGCACCUAACCUGCUGGGGUCACACCAGUAACUGCAUUUCAGGGGAAUCUUUCAGUUUUGAGACAAAAAAAGUUAAAGCCAUGGUAAACAGAUUCUGUAAUAUUAAAGUAGACACACAGGCGUCCAUUCAUGUAACUAACUGUGACUAUGCAACAGCUGAAAAUCAUGUGGAUGGAAGGGAGGAGAACAAACGUCAAAAUUGUCGAGCUGUUGCAGGUUCCGGAUGAUUCUGAUAAACUUUUGGUCAUCUCAAUUUAUGGGAUGGAAGGUCUGGGUAAAACUAAUCUUGCCCAACUUGUAUUUCAUGAUAGUGAUGUUUCAAACCAGUUUAAUCUUCGGCUUUGGGUAGAUGUAAAUAACGAGUUUAAUAUAUAUUCUCUAGUUUUGAAGAUUGUUCAAAAUAUGAUGACUAAUGAGAAACCAUCACUUGAUUUGGAAAACUUACACAUUUGUCUCCGAAGGAAUAUACAAGGACUGAGCUACGUACUUGUAUUGGAUAAUGUUUUGGCCUUUGAUUCCGAGGUCUGGGGUACUCUUUUAGAUUUAUUAUCUGUUGGAAAGUGUAAUAGUAAGAUUAUCGUAACUACUUGCUCCGAAGAACUUGCAAACCAAAUGGAACAUGUCAAGUGCACUGUUCAACCUUACAAGUUACCGCUCUUACAUUUUAAGGACGCCUUGGAUCUUUUCGAACAAGAAGCAUUUCAACCAGGGCAAACAGAUAAAGAUCAGGAGCUCAUAAAUUUUGGCAAGAAGAUUGUUAAAAAUUGUGAUUAUGUGCCCCAUACCAUCAAGUUUGUAGGAUCAAAACUACGUGACAAGCCGAAACAUGAGUGGAAGGAUAAAGCAUCAAGCUCUAAAGAUAGUUAUUUACAGACUCCCUCAAAGCUCAUAGAACACCAAUUGCCAUCCUCCUUGAAGAGAUGUUUUGCAUAUUGUGCCAUUUUCCCACCUGAUCACGUUUUUUACAAGAAUCAACUGAUUAAUAUUUGGAUAGCACAGAGCUUCAUUCGUCAACCUUCGGAUGACAAAGACCUGUCCCUUGAAGAUAUUGGCAAACAGAACUUCAUGAAAUUGCAAAAUUGGUCUUUUAUAAUAAAAUUAAAACCAGAUGAGCAAGGCAAUGAUCUUUUCAAAAUGCAGACAUUUUCCUUGAAUCAAGCACGAUCUAUGGCAGAAAGUGAAACCAUGGUGAUCAAGGACUCCAUAACUGACAUUCCCAAUGGAAUCUACCAUCUCUUAUUUGAUGCUCGUUCAACAUUAAAGCUGGUAGAUUUAAUAGCAAAGCUACGUUCAUUUCUCAUGGUGCAUGGAUCCACCAAGGACUUCACUAAAAUCAUUUACCAUCAGUUGUUCUCACGUCUAAAAUACUUGCGGGUACUCGACCUCCAUGCAUUAGAAAUGGAUGUGGUGCCUAAAUAUAUUGGAUCUCUCAAGAAUCUAAGGUACCUCAACUUGUCCAAGAAUUAUUUCAUGUCACUUCCAAAUUCUAUUACAAAAUUGACAAAGUUGCAAGUAUCAAUUUUGUCAAUUUUGUAAUAGAAUUUGGAAGGGACAUGAAAUAAUUCUUGGACAAGUUGAGGUACCUUAGAUUCUUGAGAGAUCCAAUAUAUUUAGGCACCACAUCCAUUUCUAACGCAUGGAGGUCGAGUACCCGCAAGUAUUUUAGACGUGAGAACAA